GUCUGGACUCUAGGUACUUUUGAGCAAUGCUUUGGAAUUCGUUUUUUAGCCAAAGCUUUCCACGUUGCUUUUCUUCUGUGCAUUUGUUAAGGGAAGUAGGGAAGUUAAGACCCAGUUUGUCAUCCAAAUGGCGUUAGAAGGCAGAACAGCGGUGGUGACUGGUGCAGCGCAGGGGAUAGGAAGAAGUAUUUCUGAGAUACUUCUCAAAAACGGUGCCAAGGUUGCACUGUUGGAUGUCGCUGAAGCUACUGGGACCACCUUGAAGAAGUCCCUGGAUGGGCAAUAUGGACCGGAGCGCACACUGUUCAUCCCCUGUGACGUUCAAUCCCAGCAGCAGUUUAAAGCUGCCCUACAGAAAGUUGUAGAGACAUUUGGACAUCUUGAUAUUUUCUGCAACAACGCGGGUAUCGCCAAUGAAAAUGACUGGGAGAAGACUGUCUCCAUUAAUCUGAUGGGCGUUGUGAGAGGAUCUUACCUGGCUCUGGAACACAUGAACAAGCUGAGCGGAGGCCAGGGAGGAGUGAUCAUCAACAUUGCGUCCCUAGCAGGACUUGGCCCACUUCCAGGUGCACCCAUUUAUACAGCGACCAAACAUGGGGUGGUCGGUUUCACAAGAGCCAUGGCGGAAACCUCUAAGAGGUCAGGCUAUGGUGUACGCUUUAACACGAUUUGCCCUGACUUCGCCAAAACGGACAUCCUCAAUUACCUGGAUUCAACGGCAACACUUGGACAAUUCGCCCACCUAGCAGAUCCGACCAGAAAAUUUGUGGAACAGCAUGGACUUUUGGAUGUGUCUCAGGUGAGCGAAGCCUUCCUACAGCUGGUGUUUGAUGAAACCAAGGAUGGAGCAUCUCUCAUGGUGCUCCUCAAAGGAUCGCAGUACUACACGUCUAACUUCCUCGAGUGGUCUGAUAUUUGAGAAAAUAGAAGACAUUUACCAAAAGCCAUUGAAAGAUACGACUAAUAGAUACCAUCGAUUUGUGUUAGCUGUGCUAAACAAUUGUAAUCUGUAGUGAAGCCAAAUCAUGGUCUUAGCAUGCUGCUUUAAUGAUCUUGCAAUCUCUGUCUUUUAUAAGCCGUAUAUUUUACUUUUGAGGAAUGUCAUACAAGAGGGAGUGCUGAUAUUCAGUAUAACAGUACGACUGUGAAUGUGAUAUUGCUUUAUUACUGUCUCUCAUUUUAUUAGUUCACCUGUAAAGCGGAGUGAUACCAGCUCAAUUAAAGUCCUAGAGCUGUUAUACUUGUAUCAGCACUCAUGGAAGGCCUCUUGUCCAAUGAAAUUACUAUGUCAGAACUAACUGUUUUAGAAUUAUUAAUUGCUAUUAGUAGCAUUUAACUUUACCAGAGGUAGUCUUGACUUGCAAAUCAAUGUCGAAAAGGCCCUAACUUCACCAUGUUUAAUUAAAUUAUCAAUGAUUCCUGCAAGCCUUUUCAACGUUUAAGUAACAAGAGGGAUGGGUCAGUGUUUCUCAGGCCGAUGACAGCUGAACCAGCUGCUGGGCUAGAGUUCAUCUACCUUAAAUUUACACUUUGAUAUCACAAGAUGAUACAUUUUAAUGUCGGGGUCAUGAACUAACUAUAAUUUGUAAAUGAUUAACCACUAUCUGUUUCAACUCCAUCGAUUUGUAUCAACGUUCUCUUACAAUGCAAGAGUUACCCAAACAUGUUUUCUUUUAUAUUGCCUCACAUGCUUUGAAUAAACACACUUGUAUCUCUCGGCCA